CAGGAGACCGACUUCUAGGCUUGAGACCUCGUUGGCUGAGGAGUACAUAUUCCAGCUUCCCGAGGUGGACUCUUUUUCUCACCUUCAUUGAUUUUGCUGAAACAAGCUUCUAGCUUGCUCUAUCACGACGUCGUUCUCCUGGCGACCUUAGCUCGCGUAAAACCAGCUUUCUCCGUAUUGCACCUGGAGUUUAUGAUAGGCACCGCGUAGUGGCUGUCUCCUAGAGUCUUGCUUUCCGAAGAGUUGCUUCGCAAUGGCGCCGACAGCAGAAAAUGGCGUCAUAUCGCCGCUUUUCACGCUGGAAGAGGACCCUGAAGCUCUAGUGUUUGCUCACCAAGAGAAAAACCGCAAACUCUCCCCUCCCAUUUCAGCCUGCUUCUUUGAUCUGGAUGACACCUUGUACCCUAGAAGUUCUGGUCUCGCCUCGGCCUGCGUGAAGAACAUUGAAGACUACAUGGUGCAACGCCUGGGCUUCCCAGCAGACACGGCAGGCGAGGAGGCCAUCAGGCUGUACACGGAGCACGGCACCACCAUGGCUGGACUCCGGGCGGAGGGCUACGCCUUUGAUUUUGACGACUGGCAUGCCUUCGUCCACGGCCGCCUGCCGUACCACCUGCUAAAGCCAGACCCGGCAUUGAGAGAGCUGCUGGAGUCGCUUCCCCACCGCAAGAUUGUGUUCACUAACGCAGAUCGCGCCCACGCCAGUCGCUGCCUGCGCGUGCUCGGCCUGGAGGGCUGCUUCGAUGUGGUCAUUGCCUUGGAGGACAUCAUGGAUCAGCGGCCCUCUCGACCCUUCUCCCACCGAAAUGUCUUCUUCGCCCCUUCUACGAGCACUUCUGCCCCUGACAGCACACCCGCAUCUGAAACUAUGCAGGUCUCUGUCUCUGUAUCUGCCUACCGCGUGAACCCACCAUCCUGCCUGCCUCCCAUUCCCUCCUCCUCCUCCACUGCUUCCCUUCCCUCAUCUGCCCUCCCAAGCAAUCGCAACAGCAGCAGCAGCUCUCCAGAGCACCCGGCUCACAGCAGUAGCCAGGAUCAGCAGGUGCAGGAGGACCAGGCGCAUCAGCCACACAGGAAUCAGCAGCAGGAAACAAGGCAGUCCAUGCUUGAGCAGAUGAGCCUUCCCCGGGUACCACCUUUCCAGUGCGCCAGCCGUCGCUGCAUCAGUGUGGAUGGGCUCCUGGAGCAUGCUGCUGCACACCCGCUUUCAGCAGAUCCUGCUGCUGCUACUUCUGCUGGUGCGAUCGGUUGUUGUGAUGCUUGUGGAAUGCGGAGAGCAACAGUGCCGGCAGCAGGGGCAGCGCCAGGUGCAGCAGACGGGAAAGCAGCGCCAGCUCCUCACACACCACAGGAGAAUGCACGGGACUGUGCAGGGAGCUCCCUGGCAUCUGCUGCGUCAUCGUGGCUCAGUCCCGCUGGUGCACUCAUCUGCUGCAAGCCCCAGGCAGAGGCGUUCCACCGGGCCGUGAUUACCAUUGCAAGCGCCAACCCACUCUCAUCGAUCAUGUUUGAUGACAGCACACGUAACAUUGCAGCAGCCAAGAAUUUUGGCAUGCAAACUGUUCUGGUUGGAGCAUCCCAUCGCUCUCCUGGUGCAGACCACGUUAUCUCAGACAUCCAUGAAAUGAAAAGGCGCAUCCCGGCCUUGUGGAAACUGUCUGAAAAGAGCGUGGCAGAGACAGUGGGCGAAGAUGUUUUAGAGUCCCCAUGCAUGCAUCAUCAAAAUCGAAGUCUGGGCCUUGUGUUGGCAUGAACAUGAUGUCAACUUAUACAUAUGUUGUAUGUAGAAGUUAUAGGCUAGCCUAGGUGUGUGCUUCUAGAGAGUACAACCCCAACAGGUAUAUGUUCUAGGUUUCUCACACUAGUCAAUUAUUC